AUGGGCAACUAUUCGAAAGCACUUCAAUUUUACGAUAAAGCAGUUCAAAUUAAAGAAAAAACUCUGCCCUCGACUCAUCCUGAUCUGGCUACCUCUUACAACAACAUCGGUCAAGUGUACAAAACUAUAGAUGAUUACUCAAAAACACUUGAAUUUUACGAAAAAGCACGUAAAAUAUUGGAAAAAGCUUUGCCACCAAAUCGCCCCGAUUUGGCCAUGUCCUACAACAACAUCGGUGGGGUGUACUACAGCAUGGGCAACUACUCGAAAGCAGUCGAGUUUUACGAUAAAGCACUCCACAUAAGAGAAACAGAUCUGCCUCCGAAUCAUCCUGGUUUGGCUAUGUCUUACAACAACAUCGGUGUAGCAUAUUACAGUAUGGGUGACUACUGGAAAGCACUUACAUUUUUCGGAAAAGUACAUGAAAUAUUCGAAAAAGCUUUGCCUCGGAAUCAUCCCGAUUUGGCUACGUCCUACAAUAACAUCGGUCUUGUGUACGACAACAUGGGUGACUACUCGAUAGCACUCGAAUUUUACAAAAAAGCACAACAAAUUGAAGAAAAGGCUCUGUCCUUGACUCAUCCCGAUGUGGCGAUCACAAAUCUGAAUUUUGCAGCGUGUUACGAAAGAAUGGGUAAUUAUGCAGCAGCUCUUAAAGCUGUUCAAAAUGCUUUUCAAAUUCAACGACAAGCAUUUCAAGAAGGUAAUCCAGAUUAUGCCUUUACUUACAAUCGCUUAGGAAGAGUUUAUCGUGGUAUGAAAGAUUAUUCAAAGGCACUUGAGUAUUUUGAAAGAGCUCUUGCACUACGUCAGCAAACAUUACCUGAAACACAUCCAAAUCGGGCUAUUACAUACGCAGAUAUUGGUGAUAUUCAUAGAUUGAUGGGUAAUUAUGAAAUGGCACUUUCAUUUCAACGGAAAGCGUUAAAUAUUCAAGAAAAUGUUCAAUGUAGUCCUCUGGAUCGUGCAACGACAUAUAUGAAUUUAGGUGAAACUUAUCGAGAAAUGAAAGAUUAUUCAACAGCCUUGACAUAUUUUCAGAAAGCAUUACAAAUAUAUGAACAUAAACUGCCAAAAAAUCAUCCUGAUUUGGCUCUAAUCUAUCAUAGUUUAGCGAAAUUAUAUUUAGCUACUCAACAAAAUAGUAUGGCAAUAAAAAAUGUUCAACAAGCAAUAGAAAUCAGUGAAGAGAAAUUGUCUUCAAAUCAUCCUAAUCUCUUGGACUAUAAAAACACAUUUGAAAAAAUUCGAGGAAAAUUGUAA